CAUAGAGCGAGAUCCAGGCCAGGACCCGGCGGGGGAUGGCGCCGGCAAGCCCAAGCACCGGCGUCCCUCCGGGAAAGCGGCGGGUGGUGGGGCGAUGCUAACGGACGAGCAAAAGUUGCAGGCGCGGUGCAGUGACUGCUGCCGCCACUGCGGACACCACCAGGCCGCGCCGCCGCCCCCCGUGCGCCGCCGCCCACGCACACAGUCCAGGACGCACGUUCGUCUGAGUUGUCCUGUCGGCGACGACCCCGGUGAAGCCCUCUACGAGACCAUCUUCCCCGAGGACAGCUUCAUGAGGCGCGCCUCGCUGGACCUGGACUGCCUGGGCUCCCGCCUGGACCGCGGCGACUGUCUCGAUGGACCCAAACGAAUCGAGCCGCAGAGCCGCGAGAGCCGAGCAGCGGACCUCCAGGUGGAGACUCGGCGGCGCUACUCCCGCUCCGCCUCACUUGACCGAGCCGAGUCGUGGCGCUGGAGCGACGUGCUGCUGGCGGAGGACGGCGACAUUGACUGCACCUACAGCGAGACAGGCUACAGGCGGAGAGCCCCCAGUUUACCCCGUCCCGGGGCCCCCGCUCUCCACAGCGCCGCCCCAGCCGCCCCUCGCCUCCAAGACCUUCCGACUGGUGCGCCUGGUGAAGGAGGAAGCCGAGGAGGGCCUGGGGCUGUACAUCUCCGGCCAGAGGCUGAUGGGCUAUGUGGUGGCGCAGAUCAUCCCUGGAGGACUCACGGACAGGGAUGGACGACUGCGUGUUGGAGACGAGAUCAUCAAUGUCAAUGGUCGGCGUCUGCGUGGUGUGUCCCUGGAGGAGGCACGGCGAGUUCUGCGCCACACCCCCAUGGAGGUGGACAUCGUGGUGGCCAGGGAACCUGAACACCUCAGCCACAGCCACACCCGCGCUCAUGAGUCUCUAUACUCUGACUUUGACGUGGCUUCCCUGGCCAGUGGCCGUGUGGACUCUCGUGUCGAGACAAGGAUGGACUCCCGUGUCGACAGUGCUGGUGGAGAAGAGGAAGGGGACAACGAUGAAGACUGCACUUGCUCCCACUAUGGUGAUGAAGAGGAUGACUUGAAUGAAGACUAUUUGGGUCACAGACAUCACCCUUGCUGCCACUCAGACAUAUGUGAUCUGCCUUGCCUACCAGACACAGGUGCCUACUCAAGGGAACACUCUCAUCAUCUUGUGUCACGUCGGGACAGCCGCACCUGCUCCAGAGAACUUCCAGACCUGCCAGACCUGCGCCCUGGUGUCCGGCAAUGUGCCAAGGACCCUACAGACUUGUCCAGGGAUCCCCAGUGCUGCUCAUUUCAGCUGAUGGGUGAGGGAGACACUCAGAGGCACACUGGAGAUGUGAGAAAACCCUUGAGGGUGAGCACAGCACGGGAGGAGGGGGUGGUUACAGCUGUCAUGGUGCGCACAGUCUCUGAUUGCUCCUCAAGUGAGGACGAGCCACGCCGCCUGCUGCCACUGCUGGAGGAUGGAGUGUUUGUCGAUCGGUCUCCCUCACAAUCCUCCCAUGCCUCUGUCAGGGUGAACUCAGCAGCCUCAGUGCACAGUUCUGGCAGCACAGGCAGAUGCAGCAGACAGGUGUCCCAAAGGACGCAGCGCUCCUCCUCCACCUCCACACUCCCCCGCAGGCCCAAGUCCCUCAACCUGUCCUUCCACACAGUAGUCUUCGAGAAGGGCCAUGGCAAGAAGGGACUUGGGUUUUCCAUUGUUGGGGGACGGGACUCCCCUAAAGGCAACAUUGGAAUUUUUGUUAAAACCAUCUUUCCCAGUGGACAGGCCGUGGAGGAGGGAACACUCAAAGAAGGGGAUGAGAUAUUUGCAGUCAAUGGAGAAAGUCUGGCAGGGGCAAGCCACUCUGAGGCCAUUGCCAUGUUCAAGGCUAUCCGCUCAGGCAAGGUGGUGCUCCACGUGGGCCGCCGCACACACUCCAAGAAGAGGGCACAGAAAACAAAGUCUUUUGAUGACCUGGAUAAAUGUGAAGAGUAGUCACACACAUUUACAGUGUUCCACAAAGUCAGCAUUUUUGCGCAAGGUGUGGACACCUGUAGCUUCCAGUGUCUUGAUAAUCAAAUUUUGAUGUCUUAUCAGUAGGUUUUAUUUAUAUCAUAUUUAGCCAUAGAUGCAGUAAACCAAAGAUACUUCACAGGCAGACUUCAUUCUUUUAUAAUGUAAUAAAGGAAGAUACUCAACUGAACUUCAUAUGAAGUGUGUUUUUUGAUGUUUGUGUGUUGAUGUGAGGGUGCUUGCUGUAGUGAUGUGUAUUCCGAGUACAAGGAAAUGUCCUUUUACCUCUGUAAACAUUUUAAAUUAGGAAGAAUAUUAGAUAUAUCAAUACAUUUUUGCAUAUUUAUAUACCAGUUUUAAUACAAUGUCUGUAAUUUAUAUAUUUAAUGAAAUGUUUGCCUCUUACUGACAUGACACCUUAGCAACCAGCCAACUAAUCAACACAAGCUCAUGAUAUAUGAAUGAGGACUAUCUUUACUCUUGUCACUUUGUGUACAUAUAGUGUAGGUCCUAAGAUAUGAUGAAUACAACUUAGUCCUUGCAGUACCUACUGUAUGGCUCAUAUCCAGCUUUAAUAAAGUCUUCUUAAUGACAA